CUGACAGGACAGACGUAAAAUGGUGACCGUUAGUGUUUUAGUCCGUUUGAUGGUUAUCAUCUCGUAUGUUUUAUUGUAUUAUGUAAGUUGUGCUGAAGACCCCAACAAGAGAAUUCUCCUGAGUGACCCGAAUUACUUCAACGACCAGAUGACCCACCUUCAGGCAGAAUUACAGACUCUACAAGCAACAGUGCAGACACAGAAUGUUAUACUUCAGACACAGAAUGGAAAAAUCUCUUCCCUAGAACAACAACUCUCAAAUGCCAAUCAAGGUUAUACAGGCGGAUCCUGGUAUGAUCAUUCUGGCGGAGCGGCGGACACUGUUUGUUUACCACGAGAUCCGGUGUGGGGACCAUACAAAGAUUUGCCCAGCAUUGACUAUUCCUCAAGAAUAUACGGCGCUGAAUACAGUUCCCCCAAUUCGGCAACACCAUUCGGGCAACAUUCAAACGAUGAAGAGGUUCCCUGUGCGGUGUGUAGAUCCACGUCCUUUGUCUCCUCUGUGAUGAUACCGGCGAGGACGACCUGCUACAGCGGCUGGACGAAGGCGUACAGUGGAUCACUGGCGGCGGGGUACUAUGUUCACAAAGCUGCUACCCAGUACGUGUGUGUGGACGAGAAUGCCCAGCCAUUGGACGGCGGCGCUAACACCAAUGAUGAUGGUGUUAUGCUUUUCGCAGUUAGAGCGCAGUGUGGUUCCCUUAGAUGCCCUCCGUACGAACAGAAUAAAUAUCUCUCUUGUGUUGUUUGUAUGAAAUAG